GUAGGUGAACAAGUAAUGAAUGGGCGCAGAAAUCCGAAAUGUCCCCCAGGUGUUUGCAUCAAGACUAAAAAGUUCAAACUGAAGCUCUUUAAGAUGCCUUUCAUGAAUAGGAAAAAGAAAAACAAAGGUGAAGGGUCGGUUAUAUUGACGGGAAUCGUCAAGCCUCGCGACGAAGGUGGGAUCGCAAGUGCUGCCCAAUCGACUUCAAGUCUUGACACCCUUAAGGUAGAAGGGGCAGACAGUACCGGAUCAUUACCGGAUCCUGAGAUAACUCGGAAAUCUGCAUCAGAUAAUAAUCUGAAAAGCAGCAGCAGUCUCGGAAAUAAUCUUCAGCAAACUUCUAAAAUAAAGUCCUUGAGCACUUUAGCAGUCGGAAAGUUCAAAACAAAGGACAUGGCUCCUACAGCUAAAAACCCUGAAAAGGAUAUUGUAAAGAUCUUUCUUGAAGAAGCAAGGAAAGAUUUUGAAGAAAAAUGGAAUAAUCCUAGUAAAAAUACAGCCUCACUAGAUGAUUUCGAUCGUAUCAAGACGCUAGGAACUGGAUCUUUUGGACGUGUUAUGCUUGUUCAACACAAAACUGCAAAAGAAUACUAUGCUAUGAAAAUCCUUGAUAAGCAAAAAGUUGUGAAACUAAAGCAAGUUGAGCACACAUUGAAUGAAAAGAAAAUCUUGCAAGCUGUCAGCUUCCCCUUUCUUGUGAAAUUAGAAUUUCAUUUUAAGGAUAGUUCAAAUUUGUAUAUGGUUCUUGAGUAUGUCCCUGGUGGUGAAAUGUUUUCACACCUUAGGAGAAUGGGUCGUUUCACUGAGCCUCAUUCAAGGUUUUAUGCAGCACAAAUAGUCCUUGCAUUUGAAUAUUUGCAUAGUUUGGAUCUGAUAUACAGAGAUUUGAAGCCUGAAAAUCUGUUGAUCGACCAGCAAGGCUACAUUAAAGUCACUGAUUUUGGAUUUGCUAAACGAGUAAAAGGUAGAACAUGGACCUUAUGUGGAACUCCAGAGUAUCUUGCUCCUGAGAUUAUUCUCAGCAAGGGAUAUAACAAAGCUGUUGAUUGGUGGGCUCUGGGUGUUCUGGUUUAUGAAAUGGCAGCUGGCUAUCCUCCUUUCUUUGCUGACCAACCCAUACAAAUUUACGAAAAAAUCGUAUCUGGAAAGGUUCGUUUCCCAUCACACUUUACAUCAGACUUGAAAGAUCUGUUGAAAAAUUUGCUGCAAGUGGAUUUAACCAAGCGAUAUGGGAAUCUGAAGAAUGGCGUGAAUGAUAUCAAAAAUCAUAAAUGGUUUGCAACUACUGAUUGGAUUACGAUAUUUCAGAAGAAGGUGGAAGCUCCUUUCAUUCCAAAAUGCAAAGGACCAGGUGAUACCAGCAACUUUGAUGACUAUGAAGAAGAGGCACUGCGCAUAUCAUCAACGGAAAAAUGUGCCAAGGAAUUUGCUGACUUUUAGUGUUUGCAUCAGUUCUACACUCCUAACUGCGGAGUAAACGUUGUAGCCCUUUUUAGCUGGGCAUAAAAUAAAAUUAACUGAAAAGGGAAGAGCAUUGUGUUGCCAAUGAUAGCUUGUAAAACAAUGCACGGAAACAAAAAUCAUACAUACCAAAUCCCAAAAACCAAUCUAAUCUACCAUCACUGUGCACAAGGAAUUAAAAUAUUUUGACAUUUUGAUGUUUUAAAAUGUCAGUGACAUUCUAAAGAGUAUUAGCUUUCAUAAUUUUAUCAUGAAAGAUUCUUUAUUUUAUGGUAAUGCAAAUGUUCCAUGCUUAUGAUUUAUAUUGUAUGGUUAUUUUUAAUACAUGUCUUUGCUACAAGCUGAUAUUUGUUUUGACAGCUUAGUAACAUCAGAAGUUGGAAUACAAAUAUCAAUUUUAUGUUUUUAUUUUCUUAUUAAGCUGGUGUCAUCUUUAAGAUGUUAAUAACUAAGCCGAUAAAUGCAGAGCUACAUUAAUGUUUCUGUGUAUAGUGUACAGCAAUGUCAUCGGAUUUUAGGAUACUAGACUAUUAAAACUUAACGCUCCAUCCGUGUGCCCAGUUGAGAAGACAGCUGUAUACUUGUCUUGCCUGUUGCAACAAAACUAAUGGCCAGAAUUGAAAACUUUAUUUUGUAGAUUUAGAAGUUUUGUAUUAAAAAGUAUUGAUAUAAAACAUUAUGAAAUCAAGAAUAGUGGGGAUUAGUAUGUGACAAUGCAUAGUACUAUUGUUCAUUUUCCACGGAUCUUUAGUGCGCGCGCUGGCACAGGAAAUGGUUCUAAUAUUUUCCCAUUGCUGAAAAGCACAUUUCUUCAUUAGCUGCUGUACAUAGUUUUAUGUUUCAUGCCAUAGCUGAAGUUUUAAAAUCAAGAGUCUGUGUUGAAAUGCCUUGUGAUUUGCCUUGAAAUAUUAUUUCAUGUUUUGCUUAGUGUUAUAAAUUGUUAUUGUUUCAUUUUAUAGAGCUGGCUUUUGUCAAUGCUUAGUGUGGUAGCUGUUAUUUGUGACGUGACCUUGCAACUUCAUUCAGUUCCCUCAGGAGUGGGUGGUAAUAUUAACAUUUCAUUUAAAGUAUUUUGAUUCCCAUGCUUUAAUCUUAUAGACAUGUUAUAGCAUGGUCCAUUUAUUACAUUAAAUUUACAUUAAAACAUUAAUUAUACAUUGAUCACAGAAAUGCAUCUGUUUGGGAAAGAAAGAGUAGAUAUAGAUAUCUUUUUUCAUUGUGCAGCCACAGAUUUGUAAAGCAAAUUAUAUAUAUAUAUACAUAUGUGUAAUAAAUUUUAUUAGUGGAUCAGUGGAACUUGAAUGGCAGCCAGUGAAAAAUGAAACAAACUAGUCGGAAAUUAGCAGUCAGUUGCAUGAGCUGAAGCUCUUGUCUGUAUAACUCAUUGCCAUGUAUAUUUGUUAAUUCGUGUUUAAAGUUGUUCUUGUAUUAAAGAUUCUUAUGCUAUAUAUUUAUUAAAUGUGUUUCUUCAUUCCAUUUCAUUUGACAAAAUUAAAACAUUGUCCCGUUAAGAGUUCAUGAACUGUUUUUUAAUAUAUUAUAAAUUUUUUAAUUGCUGUUUUCUAAUAUAUUUUAGACAUUUAAUAAAACAAACCUAAAUAAAUAUAUCAAUAAAUUAAAAUCAUUAUAAUUGUUUCAAGUGUCUAUUUCUGUCUAGAUAUACUACUAGUACUCGUCAACUAACAAUAUCAGUUUUGCCUCCCUGUGUGCUAAAUUGUAUUGUAAAAUUCUAAAAACUACAUUUAACUUUAUAACUUCAUGACUUUACUGAAAAAUUGAUAAUAAAUUGAUUUUUGUUUGCA